AUGACCGACAAGCUCCCUCCCAACCUUUUGGCGCUGUUCGCGCCGCGCCCGCCCCUGCGAUGGGUGCCGCCUCCCGACCAUGCGCCCGAAAAGCGCAAGACCCUACCCGUCUCUGGUGUCGCCGACUUCUUGCCUGCACUUCAAGCCUACAAGGAGACCGACGAAUACAAACCGACAGAGAGCUGGUUGCAGAUGCGCGACCGAAAGAAGCUUGAGAAGCAAGCUGCAGUCGAGAAGCUCAAGACGGAAGGGCCGAAGAACUUCAAACCCCACGAGGACUCCAACAUUCGCGGCGAUGCUUUCAAGACUUUGAUUGUUGCGCGACUCUCUUACGAGGCCAACGAACAGGAUCUCGAGAGGGAGUUUGGCCGUUUCGGCCCCAUUGAGCGCAUUCGUAUCAUCACUGACACUCAUGCUCAUGAGAAACCCAGAAAGAAGAAGAAGCCCCAUCGUGGCUACGCUUUCGUUGUUUUUGAACGAGAGAAAGAUAUGAGAGCUGCUUUAGAUGCCUGCGAUGGUAUUCGAAUCAAGGACCGACGUAUCAAGGUAGACGUCGAACGUGGGCGCACCGUCAAGGGCUGGGUACCUCGCCGACUCGGUGGCGGCCUCGGAGGCCGAGGAUAUACCAAAGCCCUGCCGGCUAGGCCCAUGGGCGGACCUGGCGGUGGUUUCGGCGGUGGCGGCGGUUUCCGAGGAGGCUUCCGUGGCGGCUUCGAGGGAGGACGCGGUCGCGGCGGAGGCUUUAGAGGAGGCUUCGGCGGCCGUGGAGGAUUCCGUGGCGGUGGAGACUUCAACCGUGGUGGUGACCGAGGCGGCCCUAACGGAUACGGCGCUCCCAGGGAUGCUCCUUCAGGACCCGGACGCAGCUUCGGAGGAGGCGACCGCGGCUUUUCCGGCGGUGGGUAUGACCGUGGAAGCGGCCGCUCACAUGACGACAGAUCAGGUGGCCGCCAUGGCGACCGGUACGGAGAUCGCGACAGAGACCGCGGCGACCGUGACGGAGGCCGCAGGACAGGAAGCAACAUGGAACCGAUCAGACCCAGAGGAGAAGGUGGGUAUCGCGGUGACCGAGGCGACAGGGAUCGCGACCGAGACCGGGACCGUGACAGCCACAGGGACAGGGACUACGACCGACCUCGCGAUGACGACAACAGGAAACGAGGCUACGACGGCGGCGGCUAUGAGGAUCCUAGAAAGCUGCGUCGCUACUGA